CAGUGCGAGCAGUGGAGAGUUCAGGGGUCAGAGUGAAGGACUGCGCGUGUUGCUGCUACGCGAAUGUAGCGGAAAUAGAAACAUGCAGCAAAGUUUUUCGUAAGUUUCUCGCGCGGCCCUUUUUAAAUUAAUCCCCAUCCCAAACAUGAACUCAAAUAUUACAGACGCCUCGCAGGACGAGCUGAUCAAUUUAAUAUAUCACCAUUUAAAGGACAACGGCUACAAGAAAGCAGCCAACGUGCUGAGAAAGCACGCGCCCCAGGUUGAAACUGAAGAAGUGAAAGCAUCCUUGAUCGAGAUCUUUAAGAAGUGGGCACGCUCAGAUGAUGGAGAUGGUGUUCGAACUCCUGAGCUCAAGAGUCCUGCAAAGAGCAAGUCAGGAACCAAGUCUAAGAUCACAGCCCCCUCUGCUGUAGUUGGUCCAAAAAAGUCUGAGAGCAACAAGACGACUUCAGGAUUGGCGCAAAAAUCAACGAAACAGAAGAAAAAAGAAACCGUGACAAAACCAAGGAAAAGAAAAAAGUCGGUGCCUCCAUUGGCCACUGCAGGGAACGAUUCCGAUUCAGACUCGAGUUUAGAUGUGGAGAAGUGGAGGAAAAUGGUUUCUCAGUUCUCAGAUGCUGAUCGAGUGAAGAUGGAUGUUCUCUCGAUCUUGGAUGAAUCUCCUGUCUCCUCACCUGCAAAGUCUUCAGCAAAGAGAAGGACAACAAAUAAGCCGGCAAGAGCUAAAAAAGAGGCAAACCCAACCAAGAAGGGAAAGUCCAGAACACCAGCAAAGAAAUCGACUGAUAAACCUGAUGACGUUCCUGUAACGACUGAUGCACCUGAGACUCCUUCAAAAAAGUCAAAAGACAAAGAUUCUGCAGCUAUUUCUGAACAUCAUGAUGUUAAGACACCAUCCAAUAAGGCUGGGAAUAAGAAAAAUAGUAGUAUCUCAGAUCUUGAUGUGGUUAAGACCCCUAAAAGAACUAAAGCUAAAGCUACUGACUCAUCAGUUCAGGAUGAGACUGAUAAACCUGAUGACAUUCCUGUAACGAUAGAUGCAUCUGAGACUCCUUCAAAAAAGUCAAAAGACAAAGAUUCUGCAGCUAUUUCUGAACAACAUGAAGUUAAGACACCAUCCAAAAAGGCUGGGAAUAAGAAAAAUAGUAGUAUCUCAGAUCUUGAUGUGGUUAAGACCCCUAAAAGAACUAAAGCUACUAACUCAUCUGUUCAGGAUGAGACUGAUAAACCUGAUGACAUUCCUGUAACGAUAGAUGCAUCUGAGACUCCUUCAAAAAAGUCAAAAGACAAAGAUUCUGCAGCUAUUUCUGAACAUCAUGAUGUUAAGACACCAUCAAAAAAAGGUGGGAAUAAGAAAAAUAGUAGUAUCUCAGAUCUUGAUGUGGUUAAGACCCCUAAAAGAACUAAAGCUAAAGCUACUGACUCAUCGGUUCAGGAUGAGACUGAUAAACCUGAAGCACAUCAUGAAACUAAUGGACUCUUAGAAACUGGCAAAAUUGCCACUCCGUUGACAAGGACUAAAGAGGUUGGUGUAUCAGAUUCAGAAGCCAAUAGGACUCCUAAAAGAGUUCACUUUAAAAAAGAUGAUAGUUUUCCAGAGCAAGUUGAGACCAGUGUUUGGAAAGAUAAUGGUACCUCAGAAGCCAGGAGCACUGAAACUCCAUCUAAAAAGGCUAAAAAAAAGAAAGGCCAAUCUGAAGCCAGUAAUGUUGAAACUGACAAUAGUCCCUUAAAUAUUAAAGAGGUUAAGAAAGCUGCUAGCAAACUGCUAGAAACUAACAUUACGAUGGACGCUACCUCUGACCAAUCAGAGACGCCAUCAAAAAAAGUGAAAAACAAGAAGCCUAAAAGUGUUGUAGAGCCUGUUCCUGAUGAGAUGCCUUCAAAGAAGGUCAAAGCUAAGAAAACAGAAGGUCUUUCUGAGAUUGACCAAGAAACGACAUCUGAGAAAGCUGAUGUCUCUCUAGAAUCCGUUAAACCUGAUUCUCCCUCUAAAAAAGCCAAACCUAAGGCCAGUAAAAGCCAUUCAGAAACAGUUGAGCCUGAAACGCUAUCAAAGAAAGCUAAAGCCAAGAAAGUUAAAAGCACUGAAGAUACUGGCGAGGAGGAAACGACAAGAAAGAAGCUCAAAACAGCCGCAUCAGAUGCUGAUCUCCCGCAGUCUGACUCUACAAACAGCUUUUCAAAAAAAAGAAAAGUCAAGGCUGCUGAUAAUAUGGAGAUCCAGAAUGAUGUUCCUUCAGAAACGCCCUUAAAAAGUAGUAAAUCUCAAGCAAAGACUGUAGAUGCUGAUGGUUUGGGAAAUGAGGAAACCUCUAGUCAUGAUCUAAAAACUCCUUCCAAAAAAAGAAAGCACAAAUUGGAAGAAGCUUGUGACGUCCCGGCACCAGAGGAGGCCAUGCCUGAGCCCAAGAAGGCCAAGAAACUCAAAGAGAAGAAGAAAAGCAAGGAGGGUGAAAAUGCAGAUGCUCUUCAACCACCAGCAGAAGAAGAAGAAGAAGCAGCAGCAGCAUCCGUUCCUGUAGCAAUAAGUCAGAAGAAAAAGAAGAAGAAGAAAAAGGAGAGAGAUGAAGAAACAGAGGAGAUAGUCCCUGAUGGUCCUCCUGUAUCUGCUCCAGAUGAGGAGGUGGUAGUCCACAAAAAGAAAAAGAAGAAAGAGAAACAGCUCGGUAGUAAUCAAACUCAUGGACUCAACAGCACAUAACGGAUGUAACGGCCCUCAAGACUUCAGUUCUCAAUCUCACGAUCUCGGCUGAAAUAAUUAUUUAACCUGAAUGCAUACUCCGUCCCUAUUGUAUGGAUCAUGUUUGUUCAUAUGAAUGUAAGUCAGUGUUUUUAUGUCUUGUAUUUUUAUGGGGAGGUACCUUUUGAGAAAUAUUUAGUAUUGUUUUUUUUGUUGUCUUGUUUUUCUAUUUUUGAUAACUGGAUUUUUUAAAAUCAUGAGAUCCAAGGGGGAAAAAAAUCAUGUUUUAUUUUCGUUUUAGUCAUAUGAUAGGUUUUCUUAAUUUUUUAAUUAAAAAGUACAAUGGCUUAAGAUCAAGCACUAAAUUAUAUAAAUGUACUUUUGUGAUAAAAUUUAUGAAAAGGUCACAUUGUAUUUGUCAUUUUUGAUUCAAAAUACACAUCAGAUGGUUUUACUUACA